AUGACCACUGAAAACGAAACCUUUGACCAAGAGGCCCAACAGACCUACAACCCAAAGUUGGACGCCACUAUCACUGCUUCUCCAUUGAAGAACCAUUUGAUUGCAUUCCUUGGUGAAUUCUUCGGUACCUUCAUCUUCUUGUGGACUGCUUUUAUGAUCGCCCAAAUUGCCAACCAAGACCCUAACAUUCCUGAAGUUGGAUCUGAACCUCAACAAUUGAUCAUGAUCUCUUUCGGUUUCGGUUUUGGUGUCAUGAUGGCUGUAUUCAUGUUCUACAGAAUUUCUGGUGGUAACUUGAACCCAGCUGUCACCUUAACAUUGGUAUUGGCCCAAGCUGUUCCUCCUGUGAGAGGUGCCAUCAUGAUGAUUGCUCAAAUGAUCGCUGGUAUGGCCGCUGCCGGUGCUGCUUCUGCUAUGACCCCAGGCCCAAUUGCCUUUGCUAACGCUCUUGGUGGUGGAUGCUCCAGAUCCAGAGGUGUAUUCAUUGAAGCCUUCGGUACUGCUAUCUUGUGUUUGACUGUCUUGCUCUUGGCCGUUGAAAAGCACAAGGCUACAUUCAUGGCUCCAUUUGUCAUUGGUGUUGCUCUUUUCUUGGGUCACUUGAUCUGUGUCUUCUACACCGGUGCUGGUUUGAACCCUGCUAGAUCUUUCGGUCCAGCUGUUGCCUCUAAGUCCUUCCCAGACUACCACUGGAUUUACUGGGUUGGCCCAAUCUUGGGUUCCGUCAUUGCCUUUGCUAUCUGGAAGAUCUUGAAGGUUUUGAACUACGAAACCUGUAACCCUGGCCAAGACGCUGACCACUAAUCGCCCGGAAUUAAUUGUGGUGCAUUGUCAUUGCAAUUGUCCGGAAUUUAAACCGAGCCGAUUGUAUGCACCUACGAUGAAACAGCAUUGGUUUUUAUAUGUAUCCAAUGUCAAAAAAUCGAGAGCAUGUUCAUUUCACGAUUACCUUUAGAUAGCUCCACACCUAAUUUUAUCCAUAGUGGCUACUAAUUACUAAUAAUACUUAAUUU